CGCGCCGACGCGCACAACUGGAAAAGCAGCCUCGAGAAGCCAAAAAGAGGCACGCGGUCGCAUGGCCGGCGACGGCGAGGGGGCCGCCGCCUUUGCGGUGGCGAAGGCGGAGUGGCUCGCUGGGUCUGGUGGCCUGCCGCUGCUGCGGUGGUGGCGCGCGUCGGGCGGCGGCGAGCUGCUGCGGGGCUGGGACGCGGUGCGCGCCGGGGCAGUGGCGCCGGCGCUCGCGGCGGUGUCGGGCGCGUGCCUCGCCAUGUCGGCCAUGCUGCUCGCCGAGGCCGUGUUCAUGGCCGCCGCCAGCCUCGUGCGGCGCCGUCCCGAGCGGCGGUACAGCGCGGGCCCGCUCGGCGCCCAGGACGGCGAGGACGAGGACGAGGAGCGCGGCCUCCUCGGCUACCCCAUGGUGCUCGUCCAAAUCCCCAUGUACAACGAGAGGGAGGUGUACAAGCUUUCGAUUGGAGCAGCGUGUGGGCUGUCGUGGCCGUCGGAUAGGGUCAUCGUACAGGUUCUAGACGAUUCCACGGAUCCAACCAUCAAGGAUCUGGUGGAGCUGGAAUGCAAAAUUUGGGCUAAGAAAGGCAAGAACGUAAAAUAUGAGGUCAGAAACAAUCGAGAAGGAUACAAGGCUGGUGCACUGAAAGAGGGGAUGCUGCAUGCUUAUGUCCAACAGUGUGAUUUCCUCGCUGUAUUUGAUGCCGAUUUCCAACCGGAGCCCGACUUCCUCAUGAGAACCAUCCCAUAUCUCUCACGUAAUCCACAAAUUGCUCUUGUUCAAGCACGCUGGGAGUUUGUUAAUCCCAAUGAAUGCCUGAUGACAAGGAUACAAAAGAUGACACUAGAUUAUCACUUUAAAGUAGAGCAGGAGGCAGGUUCAUCUACAUUUGCCUUCUUUGGUUUUAAUGGAACUGCUGGGGUAUGGAGAAUUUCUGCCAUCAAGGAAGCUGGGGGCUGGGAUGAUCGAACCACAGUUGAAGACAUGGAUUUGGCAGUCAGAGCAGGCUUGAAAGGAUGGAAAUUUGUGUAUGUUGGCGAUGUCAAGGUAAAAAGUGAACUGCCAAGCAAUCUGAAGGCAUAUCGUCGUCAACAACACCGUUGGACAUGUGGGGCAGCAAAUUUAUUCCGAAAGAUGGGAGCAGAGAUAUUGCUUACUAAGGAGGUGUCACUUUGGUGGAAGCUUUAUUUGCUAUACAGCUUCUUCUUGGUGAGGAAGGUUGUUGCUCAUGUGGUACCUUUCGUGCUCUACUGUGUAGUGAUCCCAUUUUCGGUGCUAAUUCCUGAGAUCAAAAUUCCUGCUUGGGGGGUGGUUUAUAUUCCGACAGCAAUAACCAUUUUAUACGCCGUCCGAAAUCCAAGUUCUAUCCACUUCAUACCAUUCUGGAUCCUCUUUGAGAAUGUCAUGUCUUUUCACCGAACAAAGGCAACGUUCAUCGGUUUGCUGGAGUUGGGAAGCGUAAACGAGUGGGUGGUCACGGAGAAGCUUGGCAGUGUAAGCAAUACAAAGCCCGUGCCUCAGAUACUCGAAAAGCCUCGCUGCAGGUUUUGGGACAGAUGGACCGUGUCAGAACUUCUGUUUGCUGUGUUCCUUUUCGUUUGUGCGACCUACAACUUGGUGUAUGGAAGCGACUUCUAUUUCAUCUACAUAUAUCUGCAGGCUAUAACAUUUAUCAUUGUUGGCACUGGUUUCUGCGGAACCUCUAACUCAUAGCAGCCAUAACAACUGAUCCAACCACAGGAACUAUAUCUUCACUGUAGGCAUGAUGUAACAACCUUGUUUUCUAGGGAAUAUUUUCUAUGUAAUAACCUCAUUCCUUUCGCUGUGAAUAGCAUCAGGCAAAGCGCAGCUGCCUUUUAGAAACAGGCUGGCGGAAAUCUAAAACGUCAUUUCCGUGUAACAACGUUCCACUAUUAUUGUACUUCUGCUUUUACAUUUGCCGGGAUCGUGCUAUCAGCACAAUUUGGGAAUACAAUCACAUUGUACCGUUAAA